AUGGGGAGGGGUCAGAUGGUAGAGGGGGACAGGGAGGGAUAUCUGUCCAAUCAAGCGACCACAAUUCUCCACACCUGCUCCAUCAGAAAACGUGCCAUGAUCUGCUUCGUCUCCUGCUACCCAGUCAGACUGAUCAGCCAUUCCUCUGCCUGCCCCGCUCAGCCCUACCUCGCCCUCCUCAGCCAGACUCCUGAUUGCCUCAGCCAAUCUCUCCAGCUCAACCUCCUCAGCCCACUCCCUCUGCGGCAGCUUGAACGCCACCUCCACCAAGGGGCCCAGAUCCUUUUGUUGAACAAAUGGACAAAUGCUGAGGUUUUCUUCUGCAAUGUGCUAUGGUCUCCUGAGGAGCGUCUUUUGGUGUCUCUCGGAGUGACAGAAGCUUCCAUCUUUUUGAUGUUGAUCUUCUUAAGGAAAAGAGUGCGAGUGGCAAUCGCCCUGCUCAGAGAGGCCAGCAAAGCAAUCGGACACAUCAUGUCCACACUGUUCUUUCCAGUCAUUACUUUUCUCUUGUUGGCUGUUUGCAUCUCCUACUGGGCGGUUACUGCUGUUCAUCUAGCAUCCUCAGGUGAAGCGAUCUACAAAGUGAUGUCUCCUGAUGUGAGCUGCCCCUAUGCCAACAGUACCUGCAACCCCAAGACCUUCAACAAAACCAACAUCUCCAAAUCAGCAUUAUGUCUGGAUUCUCAGUGUCUGUUUGCCUUCUAUGGUGGAGAGACAUCCUACCACCGCUACCUCUUCCUGCUGCAGCUGUUCAACCUGCUGGUUUUCUUCUGGCUGGUCAACUUUAGCUUGGCUCUGGAGCAGUGCACCCUUGCUGGGACAUUUGCUAGCUACUACUGGGCCAGGAGGAAGCCUCAGGAUAUUCCACCAUGUCCACUCUUUUCAUCAUUCAGCAGGACUGUCAGGUAUCACACAGGGUCUUUGGCAUUCGGAGCUCUAAUUCUUUCAGUUGCCCAGCUGGUCCAGAUCAUCCUGGAAUACCUGGAGCAGAAACUGAAAGGUGUUGACAACAGCCUGUCAAGGUUCAUAAUGCACUGCCUGAAAUGCUGUUUCUGGUGUUUGGAGAAAUUCUUACGCUACAUGAACCGUAAUGCUUAUAUCAUGGUGGCAAUCUAUGGCAAAAACUUUUGUACUUCAGCCAGAGAAGCCUUCUUCCUACUGAUGAGGAAUAUGGUCAGGGUUGCCAUUCUGGACAGUGUGACAGACUUUCUGUUGUUUCUGGGCAAAGUGCUGAUAGCAGGAGGAGUUGGUGUGGUUGUAUUCUUCUUCUUCAAUAGGAAGAUACCUGUUUUCCAGGAGGAAGUGCCUAAUCUCAACUACUACUGGGUUCCCCUGCUGACGGUGGUGAUAUGUGCCUACCUGAUUGCUCAUGGUUUCUUCAAUGUCUAUGCCAUGUGUGUUGACACACUCUUCCUCUGCUUCUGUGAUGACUUGGAGAGGCAUGAUGGGAGUUCAGAAAAACCCUUCCUCAUGUCCCCAGAGCUGCACAGAAUUUUGGGAAAAUCCAGUCAGUUGCAUUGAUAUCUAUCCACUGCAUCAGCAGCCAGUCUGGUCAGUCUUUAUCAAUCAUUUCUGCAGAAACAUCAGCAGGUGAAAUCCCUGAACACUGAACAAACAUGAGACUAUAGAAGGACAAAGAUCUGUGCAACACUGUUACAGGGUCUGAUCUUUGUGGAGUCCCUUUUUUAUGCUUGUGUCAUGUUAGCCCUUGAACUUCAGGGGCUCAGGCUCAACUGCUAAACAUGUGUCCAAAAUGUCACCAAUAUUUAGUCCCUCCAAUGAGUAAGUGAGAAGAGCAUUGUUUCGUAUUGAGAUUCAGUGUAUGUAUUUGAAACUGCUUCCUCUGAACCUUUAAUUGUAUGUGUUGUGUGUUUUGAAUGAAUGUUCAAAAAACUUUUUUGCAUAAACUUCAGAGUGUGUGUAAAUCAUUGUAGAUGGAAGUGAGUGUGGCCUGAACAAAUGGAUUCACCUGAGACCAAAAAAGGACACAAACAUGUUGGUGUCUACACCUCACAGCCCAGUGCAGUGUGGAACUAGAGGUUCAGCCACAAGACCAAUGUGCUUGUUACAUAUUAAAACCUCACAUAUACUAUACAUAUGUACAGUACAGGCCAAAAGUUUGGACACACCUUCUCAUUCA